AUGGGUCUAUCUUCAAUCUUUGGUGGUUCUGCCCCUUCCCAACAACAAACAGUGAAUCCUGGCUCUAAUACCAUGCCAUCUGGUGGUGUUACAGACAAAGUUAAAUCUCAAAUCAGUCAAGAAUUAGCAGUCGCCAAUGCAACAGAAUUAGUUAAUAAAGUUACUGAAAACUGUUUUGAAAAGUGCCUCAACAGUCCGUACACUGACCGUAAUGAACCCUGUGUGGAUCAAUGUUUAAUUAAAUAUAUGAGAAGUUGGAACAUCGUAUCAAAGGCAUACAUCUCCAGAAUUCAACAAGCCUCCACUUCGGGUGAAAUUUGA